AUGGACGACUAUAUGCUCUCCCUCGAUGUUCUACAGUCAUUUGCUGGCGAUCACAAGGAGUAUAACGAGGAUGGACUAGAAGGUUUCUGGUACCCGUACUGGGCGAAAGCUUUCGACCGUGACGGAAGAUUCAAUCCCAACCGUGUCUUUGCCGCUCCUCAAUACCCUCUGACAAAGCUGCAACUCAAGAGUAACGGUGCUCUGAAAAAGGUCAGGAAACUGCCGGACUUCGUGUUACUUUACAUGGAGGGCCACCGGGGAGUCAAACGCCGGGUCACGUCCUCCGAGGUACGCAAUUACGAGGCGAUGCUUGCACACUACAAGGGUGAUUGCAUAGUUGACGACCACGCGAUCCUGGCUGUUUGCGAGAUCAAGACACUUCCAUACCUAUCUCCCGACAUUCCGGAGCACAGCUAUGAGGCAGCUUUCGAAAGGGACAUGCAUCAAUACCAAACCGCCGCGAAGUCUGGAGCUUUCAAGCAGCUUACGUUGCUAUUUUCUGCCCUCGCCGAUGAGGGUCGGCACGUAGAAGCAAUCGCCGCAGUGGCGGCUGUUGGUCCAUUCUUCUCCAUCGCAAACUGCGAAGAUGAUCAGAUCGAAUUCCUAUCCAACAAUACUGACCCUACCUACCGUCAACCGCCGGCCUCAGAGCAGCAGUCCGACACGGACCUAGAAUAUGACAGUGUUUAUUCGCCUCCCCUUGAAGCCACUGGCACCGCUCACCAGCCAGCUCGGGGGCGUCCGAGGACCCUCCGCCCUGCAGCUGCACUGAAGAAGACGGUGCGGUACGGGACCACGGACGUGACCAAGGGCAAGCGCACAGUCUUAGCAUCUGCAAGUCGCCCAGGAGUUGAACCUUCAGGACGGGCUGGACCGUCUCAGCGAAGUUCCAAUACUACCAUGCAAACUCGUCGUUCAGAGCAGGGUACAAGCGCGAUGUUGACGGCGUACGCCGUGGCAAGUCUCAAUCGCCAAAGGAUUCUUCGUCCUGAGGUGCCAAAAAAGGUCCCUACUAGUGGUACAAUGGUUACUGCUGCUGAGGCCCCCGGUGCCCCCUUUACGCGUGGACGAGCCGGUGCUCCUCGUUCAUCGCAGAACUCUGGAGUUAUAGGAGGGGAUUCAGGCGCAUCCGCACAUACUGACCAGGCCGGAAUGUCCGCCGUGCCCUCGAAUACUCCAAGAGUGACCAGCGCGCGGGUUGUUCAAGGCCAGCGAUCGACGGCCACCAGGGCGGCUCGUUCUACCACAGCUGCACCGCCUGUUCAUCGGCAACCAGUACGGCUCGCCGGUGCUCUUCGUGAUGCUCAGACAGCUGUCCAAACUUCCAAACCUGCUAGUGGGCCUCAUGCGACCGCAUCACCUCAGCGUGUUGUGGACUCGAGGACCCCAGGACCCUCUAGGAUCCCUCGCAGGAGUGGUGGACCUGCGGACAUGAGCAGGAACGUGGCGGCUGUUAGCACAACACAGAAAAGCGGUACAAGUAUACAUGGACCGCAGCGCACAGCCUCGGGCGCAUCGGCUGUGCUCAAGAAAGCUGAAAGUGCUCGCACUCAGGCCAUAAGGCAGCAGCUUGAACAGCUUCGCGAGCCCGCCUCCGUAAUAAGGGAAUUAGAGUGGACAGAAUUCGAGCGCUGGACGGAUCCAAGUGCAGAGAAGACUAAGGAUAGGCUGCUCGAGAUGAUUAUCCAGAAUAAUCCUCAACGUCAAAUCGAGCAUCCUCAUAGAGUCAUACUUCGGAACGCUGCGCUGAACAACUCAAAUCCGGAUCUUAGCGCGUUAUUAUCUGCACUCAAAGCGCAGGCAACGCUUGGGUUCUCCAGCGGCGUAGGCAUGCCUGACGUAGGGGGCUAG